AUGGAGUUACCAGUAGCCAGCGACAGUGUUCACCUGGCUGCAUACAGACCCAGACCCCCCCUGUCAGGAGCCAAUGGGAAAGCAACACCCGGGGGUUAUGAUGAGUCUGGUUAUUAUCAGUUUUAUGGUGAUCGCAGUGUCGCAUCCCUUGGAUCUGAUGCUCUAACCGGCUAUGAGACGUUGGAUUCUCCGCCACAUUAUGACUUUUACGCCAACACAGAGGUGUGGGGCCGACGGAGGCGCUUCAGACCAUCUCUAUACCAGCUCCACACAAAGCCUGAGGAUGACUCCAGCCCUCCCUUGUAUGAGGAGACGACAGGUGGACAGAUGGAAGGAGGAGACAGCUCCGGGGAGGACGAGGAGGAGCAGAAGGAGCCACCACCUGAACCUAGCCGCUUUGGCUGGGUACAAGGCGUCAUGAUCCGUUGCAUGUUAAAUAUCUGGGGUGUGAUCUUGUACCUGAGGCUGCCUUGGAUCACUGCUCAGGCUGGUAUAGGUCUGACGUGGGUGAUUAUCCUGGUAUCCUCUUGUAUAACUGGGAUCACUGGUCUCUCGACCUCAGCCAUCGCUACCAACGGAAAGGUGAAAGGAGGUGGAACCUACUUCCUGAUCAGUCGCAGCCUCGGCCCAGAGCUGGGCGGCUCAAUCGGUCUGAUCUUUGCCUUUGCCAACGCCGUAGCUGUGGCCAUGCACACUGUGGGCUUUGCAGAGACGGUCACAGACCUCAUGCGCGAAAACGGAGCUGUCAUGGUGGACCGAACCAAUGACAUCCGCAUCAUCGGCAUCGUCACUGUCACAUGCCUGCUAGGUAUCUCAAUGGCUGGCAUGGCGUGGGAGUCAAAGGCCCAGGUUCUGUUCUUCCUGGUCAUCAUGGUAUCAUUUGCCAGUUACAUUGUUGGAACAAUCAUUCCUGCUUCACCAGACAAACAAGCCAAGGGUUUCUUUAGCUACAAAGCGGAUAUUUUUGCCUCCAAUUUUGUGCCCAACUGGCGAGGGCAAGAGGGCAGCUUCUUUGGCAUGUUCUCCAUCUUCUUCCCCUCCGCCACGGGCAUCCUGGCAGGAGCUAACAUCUCUGGGGACCUGAAGAAUCCAACAGUGGCCAUCCCCAGAGGAACGCUGAUGGCGAUAUUCUGGACCACCAUCUCAUACAUCAUCAUCUCUGCUACCAUUGGCGCCUGUGUGGUGCGGGAUGCGUCCGGCCUGUUAAACGACACCCUGUCGCCGUCCUCGUCCAGCCAGGACUGCGUCGGUUUAGCCUGUCAGUACGGCUGGGACUUCACCGAGUGUAUCAACAAUAACACAUGCACCUACGGCAUCAGUAACUACUAUCAGUCAAUGGGCAUGGUGUCCGCCUUCGCCCCGCUCAUCACUGCGGGCAUAUUUGGAGCAACACUGUCCUCUGCUUUGGCCUGCCUGGUGUCAGCUCCCAAAGUCUUCCAGUGCCUGUGCAAGGACAAACUCUACCCUCUCAUCGGCUUCUUCGGCAAAGGGUACGGCAAGAAUGAUGAGCCGCUCCGAAGCUACCUACUGACGUACAUCAUCGCCGCCUGCUUCAUUCUCAUUGCCGAGCUGAACACCAUCGCUCCCAUCAUCUCCAACUUCUUCCUCUGCUCCUACUCUCUGAUCAACUUCAGCUGCUUCCACGCCUCAAUCACCAACUCGCCAGGUUGGCGUCCGUCCUUCAGGUUCUACAGUAAGUGGCUGUCGUUGCUGGGCGCUGUGUGUUGUGUGGUUAUCAUGUUCCUGCUGACUUGGUGGGCAGCACUCAUCGCCUUUGGCAUUGUCUUCCUCCUUUUGGGAUACACGCUCUACAAGAAGCCUGCUGUAAACUGGGGCUCCUCAGUGCAGGCGAGCUCCUACAACAUCGCUCUGAACCAGUGUGUCGGCCUCAACCAUGUGGAGGACCAUGUCAAGAACUACAGACCCCAGUGCUUGGUGCUAACUGGUCCUCCCAGCAGCCGUCCAGCUCUGGUGGAUCUCGUCAGCUGUUUCACAAAGAGUCUCAGCCUCAUGAUGUGUGCCAAUGUGGUCACUGCCGGUCCGUCCCCAUCAGCAGUGGAAAAGGCGAGCAGUGACAGUCAUGUUACGUGGUUGAACCAACGGAAGGUGAAGUCAUUCUACACAGGUGUGGUGGCUGCAGAGCUUCGGUCAGGAGUUAACAUGCUGCUCCAGGGGGCAGGUUUGGGUCGUAUUAAGCCAAAUGUUCUGCUGAUGGGUUUCAAGAAAGACUGGCGCAGUGACACACCUCAGGCUGCACACAGUUACAUCGGAAUACUGCAUGAUGCAUUUGACCUGCAGUACGGUGUGUGCGUGCUGAGAAUGAGGGAGGGACUGGAUGCCUCUCAUCCAUCUCAGUCACAUGUUAAUCCAGGCUUUGAUGGAGGACCAGAGAGUAUAAACACCAUCUCUGCCCCUUCCCGCAUUAAAACAAGCACUAGCUCGACUGCGUCAAUUGAAGUGGAACCUCAGCCAAGCACAGUGUUUCAGAAAAAACAAGGAAAGAAGACCAUCGACAUAUACUGGCUGUCUGAUGAUGGAGGUCUGAUCCUGCUGCUGCCCUACCUGCUGACUCGGAGGAAGCGCUGGGCCAGAUGUAAGGUCCGGGUGUUUGUGGGAGGAGAAACAGACAAGAGGGAGGAGCAGAGAGAGGAGGUGCUGACACUGAUCAAGAAGUUCCGUCUCGGUUUUCGUGAUGUCGAAGUGCUUCCUGACAUCUACCAGAACCCACAGCCUGGAAGUGUCCAGCAGUUUGAGAAUAUGGUGCGCCACUUCAGGCUGGACACAAACCCUAAACAGGACUCUGCUUCUGGGCCAUCAAGGCAGCAGGAUGAGCCCUGGAUGAUCACUGACCAGGAUUUAGAGAGGAACAGGGCCAAGUCUCUCCGUCAGAUCCGGCUGAAUGAGGUUCUGCAGGAUUACUCCAGAGAAGCUGCUCUGAUUGUUAUCACUAUGCCAGUGGGGAGGAGAGGAGUGUGUCCCAGUACUCUCUACCUGGCCUGGCUGGACUUCUUGUCACGUGAUCUGAGAUCUCCAGUCCUGUUGGUCAGAGGAAACCAGGAAAAUGUCCUCACCUUCUACUGCCAAUGAAAUGUCUUUUUAUGUAGCCUAAACAUACUAACAUUCUGACAUUAUCAUGUUAAUUAACUCAUCAGUGUCUUGCUGACUAUUGAUGAGUAUCUAAUCCUGUAAAUGAUUCCUGUAUUUACAAUGCUCCUAUUGAAUUCAACAUUUACACGUUUAAGAGGGGCUGCAGAAAUGAAUCACUCUAGAGAUCAUACAGUAUUUACAAAGUAAGCCAUUAUUGAUUUAAGCUGUGUUUAUCAAAAUGAGUUAAUGUGCACAUAAUCUUUUUUGUUGCCUUUCCUUAAAUGUGUGCCACAAAUUAAGACAAAAAUUGGCAGGUUUGAUAAUGAAAGACCUGUCAGAACAAAUGAAAAAUAACUGCUUGACAGUGUACCUAUAUUAGACUUUGUGUGUGUGUGUGUGUGUGUGUGUGUGUGUGUCUUUGUUGCUUCAAUGUCAAACAAAAAUGGCAGAGGCGGUUUCCCAUCAGACCCCCUCAGCAUCUGUUAGCUCUGUCUUUAAGCAUUAGUCUGUGUGUCAAUUUUGUUAGUUAAUUCUAUUUGUUUGAUCUUUAUAUGCACGGCUUAGGAAAGCAAAGUUGCCAUAAUAUCUGGCCUGCAAUCAUUGAGACACUGAAUGCUUCUCCCUUAGGGGACUCAGCAUUUGCUAUUCCAGCAGAAUACUGUUGUAGCAUAACAGUAUCGUCUCUAUAUCUGAGAUCAAUGUUUCUGACAUGUUAGAAUCAAAGCAGUGAAACAACGAUUCCAACAAUCUCUUCCAAUUUUAAUUGCGUCUGCCAAAUUACACAGCAAUGUCUUCCACUGUGUUUUCAACACACUCUAAUAUCCAUUGUCAGUGUGUUCAAAAGCUACUGGAUAUCUCCUUUCUUAUCAUUUGCAAGUCAAUUUACAGCUGAUGUAACUCGACUGAUGCAACCUCAGUGGAUAAACAAAGUUGCUUUCAGACGAGUGGGAGCUCUUGUCUGAGAGGCUAAAGAAGGAAAGAGGCCUCACACCGUCCCCUUUUUCUGGAACGGCAAACGACAAACUUAGUUACAGCCAGAGAGUAGUGCUGAAAUGUAUAAAAACGGUUGCUGGCAUCUCUUUAUUUUGAGGAAAUAGAGCACAACUUCAUAAGCACAGUGCAAAUGAAAACAAUGUUCUAUGACAUUGUGCGUAUCUUAUAGCAAAGGCGAUUCCUUGUUUUACCAGUUCUGUUUAAUUAUGUUCCUAAAUCGGGGUAAUAAAUCAGCCAUAUGA